UGCAAUUUCACUGCAGCUCCCAAUACUUCAAAAGCUUCAAUUUUCUUUUUCUGCCUAUAUAAGACGUGACACACUUGUACAUAGUUUCUUGCACAGAAAACACCAACUCUCUAGUUCUAAUAAUUUCUCUCCACCAAUGGCAACAACAACUGACAGUAGGGCAAUCUCCAAACCCUCCAAAUGGUUCUCUAACAAAAGUCUCAAGCUCAGCUUCCCUGGUCGAAGAUCAUCCAAAUCUAGCCCUAAAUCUCCUCUGUCCCCGACCAGUGCUCCAGUUGGGCCAAUCAGUCCAAGAUGGACAAGCAGGGAAGAUGAGCUUAGAGAAGUUUUUCGCUAUUUCGAUGGAGAUGGCGAUGGCAAAAUAUCAGCCUCCGAGCUCAGAGCCUAUUUUGGGUCCAUAGGUGAGUACAUGUCGCAUGAGGAGGCUGAGGCUGUGAUCAAAGAUCUUGAUGCAGAUGGAGACAGCCUGUUAGACUUUGAAGACUUUCUGCAGCUGAUGAGCAGAGGAGGAGGAGACGACGAGGACUUGAAGAAGGCCUUCGAGAUGUUUGAAUUGGAGAAGGGGGUCAUAACCCCUAGAAGCUUGCAGAGGAUGCUGCAUAGGCUUGGUGACACCAAGUCAUAUCAUGAGUGUGUCACCAUGAUUCAAGUUUUUGAUACCGACGGCAAUGGGGUGGUUGAUUUUAAUGAGUUUCAUCGAAUGAUGGCUUAACUUAAUUAAGUUCAUGGUUGAUGAUUUAAUAAUGUCUAAUUAGUCGUAAAUAUGUAUAUGCAUGGAUGUGUUGUGUGGUUCUAUCAUGAUCUUUCUUUAUGGAGUUGGAACAUUUCUAUA